UGGCCUGGGCUGCGUGCGAUCUGAUGGCCAUGCAAACGCGAGCAAUGAGCACCUUACCGUGGACCAGCUGUGUGUGCCUUGGUUUUCCACGUCCAGUCCCAGUUCUGGACCCGAGUCUUACAUCAACUUGAGGCAAUCGGAUAAGGCAGGCACUUUGCUAAUGUAAUUGGUCCUCGUGAGCGACACCAAAAGAGGCCUUCAAGACAUCCGGCCGGACUCUUGUUUUGCUUCAACAAACAUCAACAACAACUUCCCACAAGCAUUGAUACUGCCAAUUACCAGAGAGAAUAGAACCAUUUUCUGGCUUUAUUCCGACCUCGAUUCCUUCCGUUCAUACUUUUGGACUACAACUUGAAACUGUCCAAAGCCUUACCAACUUCGCCAUCCUCGCAUACAAGGUAGCGCCAGAAAGCAAACGCCAAAGCUCCCUCACGAUGCUUCGCUCUUCGCGUCAACUCGCGCGGAUUGCUCCCCGCAAAAUCGCAGCUCCCUCAGCAAUCCCGUCAACAUCCUUCUCGACGAGGUCUCCGUCGAGUGCUCUUCACACCCCCAGGCGACCUGCUUCGGCCCUCCAAGCUCGUCUGCUUCCCUUGUCCCUCCAAGCGCGAUACACAAAUUCGCCCUACGACAAGAUCGAUAAGAAGGCCGAGGCCGAGAUUGCAAAGAAGAAGCUCGAGUCUAACCCCGAGGCGGUUUCGACAGAGUCGUCUAGGAUCCAUCUCUUUGAGCCGGAACCCGCAAAAACACAAAAGGAAGAGGAUCUCACGGGAGGACUCAAGAAGGAGUUGAACAUUGUCAAGGAUACCUUCAAUCUCAGCGAAGUGCCAAGGGAGCCCUACUUGCUCGGUCUUGCAGGCACUCUGCCCUACCUUGCCACAUCCCUGAGCACAGUCUACCUAAGCUGGGACCUGAACCUCGAAUGGCCCUCUACGUCGACAUUUGCAAACCAUAUUUACAUGAAUCAUGAUUCAGCGCAAUACUGGCUGAGCCUCCUCGAGCCUAUCCAGCUCGGAUACGGCGCCAUCAUCAUCUCCUUCCUUGGAGCAGUCCAUUGGGGCAUGGAAUACGCCGAAAAGACGCCUCAUCCCACCCGAACAAAGUUCCGCUACGGCAUGGGCGUCGUCGCGCCUAUGAUUGCCUGGCCAUCCCUCCUCAUGCCCGUCGAAUAUGCCCUCACCUCGCAAUUCGCCGCCUUCACCUUCCUCUACCUUGCCGACACCCGAGCCAAGAACAAGGGCUGGACCCCGCAAUGGUACGGAAUCUACCGCUUCGUCCUGACUGCCAUUGUUGGAGUCUCCAUCUUUGUCAGCUUGGUUGGUCGCACCAAGAUUGGCAACGCACAGCCCCAUAUUGGCGAGGGCCUAGCCGAGAGCAUGCACCUGGGCAAGACCGACACCACCAAGGACUGGGCAAAGCUCGAGGAGGAGGAGAGAAAGAAGCAGAAGAAGGAGAAGGAAGAGGCUGAGAAGAAGAAGAAGGAAGAAGAGAAGAAGCAAAAAGAGGAGGAGAAGAAGAAUGCCAAGAAGGGUGACUCCAAGAGCAAGACCAAGAAGGACGACAAGAAGGAUACCGGUGCCAACAAGAAGGACGACUCCGAGGAGGAGGAGGAGGAGAAGGAGGAUACUAAGCAAGAUGAGGACGACAAGAAGGAUGACGAGAAGGAAGAAAAGUCCGAGGACAAGGAUGACUCCGAGGAUGGGGAUAAGGACGAUGCCAAGGACGAUUCCAAGGAUGAGGGCAAGGAAGAGGGCAAGUCCAAGUCCAAGUCCAAGGACGAGGGCAAGAAGAAGGAGAAGAAGGAGUAAAGGCGUUGUCGGAUUGAUUCCCACAGCAGUCUGGAGUUCUCCCGAUUACUUUUUUCCUAUCUGUACUGUAGUUGUAUCUGCGCGGCGGAAGAACAUUGCGAGCCAGGUUAAAUGGGCAAGGCGUUUGGGGCAUUUCAUGUACACCGCGGAAGCAAGCACUAUAUUCAAGCAAUCUAUCGAUUACCAAAGGAAUG